GCUAAUAUCCCAUAGGUGGCGUUAGAGCCACCACAUGCUUGAUGACACGCCGGUAACUGUCACGAAGGAGAAAGCGGCGCUUCAUGUCCGUGCUAGAGCAGAUUAGCAGACAUCAUCGCUGAAACAUAAAACUUAAAACACAAGUUCUAAAUGGAUGUAACCGAGCAGAUCAACCAGUUGGAGGCAGACUUGCAGGAGCUGAAGUCUCUUCUGGAGAAGGCCGAGAGGACAAGGGUGCAGGAACUCCUCAAGCAAGAGCAGAAGAAGCUUGAGAAGGAGAUCGCUGUCAAGCGUCAACAGAAAGAGCAACAAGCCCGGAGAGACGCUGACCCAGCUGCGCCCUCGAAAGCGACUUAUACAGUCAAGAUCACCAACUACGCAUGGGACCAGUCAGAGAAGUUUGUGAAAAUUUACCUCACAUUAAAAAAUGUGCAUAAGAUUCCAUCAGAGAACGUAGAGGUGAAUUUUACAGAAAGGUCAUUUUCUGUGCUUGUGAAGGAUCUCGACGGGAAAAAUCACCAGAUGACUAUUCUCAAUCUGUUAUGUCCCAUCGAUGAAAAGAACAGCUGCACCAAGAUCAAAACCGACAUGGUUCUGAUCAUGUGUAAGAAGCAGACGACAACAAAAUGGGAGUGCCUCACAAAGGUGGAAAAACAGUCUAAGGAGAAAGAUAAACCCAAUAUGGAUGAGAACGCAGACCCCAGCGAGGGCCUGAUGAACAUGCUGAAGAAGAUCUACUCCGAGGGCGACGACGAGAUGAAGAGAACCAUCAACAAAGCCUGGUCAGAAUCUCAAGAGAAGAAAAUAAGAGGAGAAGAAGGCAUGAUGGAUUUUUGAGCUACAAUCGCCGCUCUUCCAUAAGAGGUCUAAAUCCAACUUGAAAUGACUGAAUGUAAUGUUUGAAUUUAUCUGUCCAUUCCAUGCAUUCAUAUGUGCAAUGCAUUCCUACCAAUAUGUUGUGCUUUCCAUCCAUGAAGUGUCAGCACACACUGCGAUGCUUUACUAUAUCAACAACCAGUAGAGGGCGUCCUCCCACCCCUUUUAGUAUAUUAUGAUAUAGCCAAGAGGAAGUAAUUAUCAUAUUAAACAUGUUCAAAAAUGAUUGUCAUUUAGUAGUUAUAGAUAUUUAAAAACCAUUGUUUAAUUCAUGUAUUUCAUCUUGAGUGGUUUCAAGUAACAUGUUUUCAAACAACAUACUGCAAUGUGUGAUUUUCUGUUAAAUUUUCUUUGUUGACUUGGUUUUCUUAAAAAACAAACAAACAAAAAGAGUCAAAUUAUUGUUAAACCACAUUUCAGGUUGUCCAUGCAUGCAGUUAUUAUAAAUGCAAUUGUGUGACACUUUCAUUUAUGGUGUUUUGUCUACAUUUUAAUUUUAAUAAUACAGUAUAUUCCGUUCAUUGUAUUGUACUGAAAAAGCUUUGGAGAUGGUUGCUCAGAGACGCUCAACUUCUACAAACUGGACACAGGCGGCGCUAUUGAGUCAGUGCUCCUUUUGUCCACCAGAUGGCAGCAAUGUUCCAAUAAAAGGUACAAAACCGAAUAA